CUUUAAUACAGACCGGUUCUGUAUGAGUGCCGAAUCGAAAACUAUACUUCGCGUAAAUAUAAACAAAAAAUGGUUAUUCCAAAGUAUUUUAUUAAAUGCCAGUGAAGACAGUGUAUUUAUAAGUGACUAGUUACUCGCCCUGACUUCACACGGUUUAGAUUGGAGAGACAAAACAUUGCAAAUGGCGGCGGUUAACGAGAGUUACGAUAAGACUGGAGACCUGGAUGACAUAGAGAUGAACUCUAUGGGAGCAGCUAGGAAAAAGGAAGACAUCGGUCGAUACAGUUACGAGGAAGCGUUAGAUUUAACAGGUCACGGCAAAUACAACCUGGGUUUGUUGAUGGCCUGUUUCAUGGUGAUCACCGCCAUGGGCAUCGACAUCUUCGGACUGGGCAUCAUCGUCACAGCAGCCACGUGCGACCUGGGCAUGGGACUUGCGGAGAUCGGGGUACUCUCUUCCAUGCCAUUUGCUGGUAUAAUAGUGAUGUCGUACCCGUGGGGCUACCUGUCGGACACCAGGGGCAGGAAGCUGGUGCUCAUGUGGGCCAUGUGCGGUAGCUUCCUCAGCUCCGUGUUCAGCAGCUUCGCGCCCAACUGGCAGAUGCUGGCCGCCUUCAGAUUUAUAAGUUCUGCUUUGUCAAGCGCGGCGGAGUCGGCGACGUACGCGCUGCUGGGCGAGUGCUGCGCGGCGCGGCUGCGCGCGCGCUACAUGCUGCUUGUGACCAGCGCACUCAUGAUCACGCCCACCAUAUACUACGUAUGGGGUUACCUGAUAAUGAAGCUGGACUUCUCGUUCCAAUUUCUGGCGAUCGUGUACCGGCCGUGGCGACUGCUCACUCAGGUCAUGGCGCUGCCGCUGGGGCUAGGCGCGCUGAUGCUGUAUUUCUACAGCGAGAGUCCCAAAUUCUUGGCCAACGUUGGACGAAACGAAGAAAGUAUAGAUGUUCUGAAGAGGAUAUAUGUGAAGAAUGGUGGUGAUGAAAAAGACUUCCCUGUUAAAGAAAUAUAUCUGUUGGAUGGUAGUACUGAGGAGGUGGGCGAGUUCUCGCUGCGUUCCCUGUGGACACAAAUAGCGCCACUGUUCAAACCGCCUCUACUCACUAGAACUAUACUAUUAUAUUACUUGACUUUCGUCAUUUAUAUCGCAAAUAACAGCUUUGCCAUAAUCCUGCCGACGAUCUUCAACGUUUUCUUCACGUCGUACGCGACGAGCGCGGCCGACGCCAGCUUCUGUGAUCUGUUUGCUCUAUCUAACUCUACCACAGUAGAUGAAACUGAGACACAGGUACAGGACGCGUCAGUGUGCACGGACACGAUCAACGACCUGACGAUCCUGGCGGGCUGCGUGCACGGCCUCUCGUUCUUCGUACUCAACGCGCUCAUAUCGCAGUGCGCGCACAAGCGGAAGGCAAUGACCAUCGUAAUCAUGGUGAUAGCAGCGGCGGCGGCGGUGGGUCUGAACAACCUGCAGCAGCCCAUCGCUGGGCUGGCCCUCUUCUACGUGUACCUCACCACCGCCAUGGUGUUUGGGGUCGUCUCCUCGUAUUUUGUGGACUUGUUCCCAACCUCUUACAGGGGCAUGGUGGCAUGCGUGGGCAUGAUGGUGGCGAGGCUGAGCGCGUUCUUCGGCACGAACAUCGUGAGCCGAGCGAUGACCGACCACUGCCACGAGACUAUGUACGGUGCUGCUGGUUUGGUCAUUAGUGGGGCGGUCGCAGCAUCUUUCCUGCCUGCGGAUACCAAUGUCUUUCCGAAUUAGCAAUAGGGAAUUUCCAAAAUUCUUUAAAGCAAUCAUUAACAUGACACUACGUUCAGAGUCAAUAGCCAAAUCCUGGUCGUCUAUUAAUUUGUCUAUUUAUUAUCAAGACAAAUUUAACGAAUUUAAAGUUAACGAAGUUGUUGGCUUCGCCUGCGUAACCGGGAAUUCGUCCUCACACGCUUGAACCUAAAUGGUCACGUACAGUGCGGUUUCAAAGGAAUUUUUUUCGCGAACGCUCAGGCUUUGGAAUGAGCUCCAUGCUGAUGUUUUCCCUAGAGACUACAGUAUGGGGUUCUUCAAAAAGGUUUAAGGUUUCUUCAGGAUCGGCAAUGCACACGUGGCGCCUCUAAUGUUGCAAGCCUUAGUCUUAGGUUACAGUGGCCGUUUACCAUCAGACGGGCUGUAUGCUUGUUUGCCACUAUAUCCUUUUACAUCCCCUAUAGUACUUGAUAUAAACAUUAUUAACAAGCUGUUAAAACACAAAGGUAAUAUAAACAAACUCGCAUUUACAUUCAUACUAUUCAUAAGGAUUACAGGAUACGGAGACAUAACAUGUCGUCAUUUUAAACCGACUUUAAAAAAAGGAGGUUCGACUGUAUAUAUUUUUUACAUUUGUCUACCGAUUUCGCUGUCAAAUAUGAACCGAAUUUCAAGAGUUUUGAUUUUUUUUAUUUUAAAAGGUAUAAGUUUCAAUGGAUACGGACUUGUCCUAUCGAUAUUUCAUCAAAAUCGGUUCUGUAAUUUGAUUUUUAAAUCAGAAUAACUAAUUUUGCUACGGUAUACUUGUUUAUCAAAGUGCAGGUGACUCAGGGUCAUAGCAGUGUAUGAGCGCAGCCUGAAUGCAACUAUAUUAAAGGUGAUAUUUACAAGACUUACAAGGAAUUAUAAUUAACAGUUUGUUUUGAUGAAAUUUAAUGAAAAUGUAAUGGUGAUGAUGAUGAUGAUGAUGCCGAUAUCAGUCGAUAACUGUCCACUGCGGAAUAUUGGCCUCCCCUUGCCAGUUUUGCCAGUAAUUGCCACGCUUGGCAGGCAGAUUGGCAACGGCAGUUAGGAUUUGUCGAUGUUUUAAGAGGGACGCUGCUGCCCAUCCCUUGACCAAUGAUUAAUAAAUUGAAUAUAUAAUUUUAUUAAAUUUAUUGAAAGACAGUAUAAUAUAAGAUGUAUAAUAUUUAGAAUUAAGUUAUUAAU